CUCCUCCCCCCUUCCCCCGCUGCCUCGCGUUGCCCGCUUGCACGCGGGCCGCCCGUUGCCCUGGCAACCGUCGAGCCGCGUCUUCCUGAGGGAGCUCUGUCAGCCCGCAGAUCCCGUCGCCAGCUCCCCACUGCCCCGCGAUUUUCGUGUGGGCUUAGAGGCGGAGGGACAACAAAAAAUGGCGGAGCGGAGCCAGACGGCGCCUGAGGCAGGCAAUGAUGUGGGAAAUGACGAUGCCAUUGGAGGGAAUGUAAGCAAAUAUAUGGUGCUUCCGUCUGGAUACUGUGGACAGCCCAAGAAAGGACAUCUUAUCUUUGAUGCUUGCUUUGAAAGUGGUAACCUUGGACGGGUGGACCAGGUCUCUGAAUUUGAGUAUGACUUAUUCAUUAGGCCGGAUACCUGUAAUCCACGCUUCCGAGUCUGGUUCAACUUUACUGUUGAAAACGUGAAAGAAUCACAGGUGAGGGAAGUGUUGGAUAUCUUCAGUGUGGUUUUGAGAGUCAUUUUCAACAUUGUUAACUUCAGUAAAACAAAGAGUCUAUAUAGAGAUGGGAUGGCCCCUAUGGUGAAAUCUACAAGCAGACCCAAAUGGCAAAGGCUGCCACCUAAAAAUGUUUACUACUACCGGUGCCCGGACCAUAGGAAGAAUUACGUGAUGUCCUUUGCAUUUUGUUUUGACCGAGAAGAAGAUAUUUAUCAGUUUGCUUACUGCUAUCCAUAUACAUACACACGCUUUCAGCAUUACCUUGACAGCCUGCAAAAGAGAAACAUGGAUUACUUCUUUCGGGAGCAGCUGGGUCAGAGCGUGCAACAGCGGCAGCUUGACCUCCUGACGAUAACCAACCCCGACAACCUUCGGGAAGGGGCAGAGCAGAAGGUAGUGUUCAUCACAGGACGAGUGCACCCGGGGGAAACACCCUCUUCAUUUGUGUGCCAAGGGAUCAUUGACUUCCUUAUAAGCCAGCACCCUAUUGCCCGUGUCCUACGGGAGCACCUGGUCUUCAAGAUUGCACCAAUGCUCAACCCUGAUGGAGUCUACCUAGGCAAUUACAGGUGCUCUCUAAUGGGGUUUGACCUGAACCGUCACUGGCUGGAUCCUUCUCCGUGGGCCCACCCCACCUUGCAUGGAGUGAAACAGCUCAUCAUCCAGAUGUACAAUGACCCAAAAACAAGCCUGGAGUUUUAUAUUGACAUCCACGCCCACUCCACCAUGAUGAAUGGCUUCAUGUACGGCAACAUCUUUGAGGAUGAGGAACGGUUCCAGAGGCAGGCCAUUUUCCCCAAGCUCCUCUGCCAGAAUGCCGAGGACUUCUCAUACUCCAGCACAUCCUUUAACCGGGAUGCGGUGAAAGCAGGAACCGGACGUCGCUUCCUCGGGGGGCUUCUGGACCACACUUCCUAUUGCUACACCCUCGAGGUCUCCUUCUAUAGCUACAUCAUUGGAGGCACCACGGCCGCUGUGCCCUACACGGAGGAAGCCUAUAUGAAGCUGGGAAGGAACGUGGCAAGAACGUUUUUGGAUUAUUAUCGGCUGAACCCCCUGGUCGAGAAAGUGGCAAUUCCCAUGCCGAGGCUUCGGAAGGAAAAGCCCCCAUCUUACAAGCACCCACUCCUGCGGGGCCCAGCCAGCAACCACCCCAACGGCAAAGGGGACAAGAAGAGCUCUGUGAACCACAAAGACCCUUCAAACUCUUUUUAAGGACAUGGAGUCCAGGGAGGUCUUGUGGAGACAGGAGCAUGCAUUUUCUGCUGGGGCAUGAAAUUAAUCACCCUUCUCUAGUUUCCAAGAUCAAGGGUGCAGGAUAAUGAGUAAGCUAGUGAAAGGGAAGGAAAAAAGGAGAAACCUCACCAUCAAUUUUCCCUUUUACCAAUGGAAAAUCAAUUGUGGGACUUCAGCUUAAGGCUCAGGAACAAAAUAGGAGGCUCAAACCAAGCAAGUACCGAUGCCAUUUCCCACAGCACAGAGGUCCUCACAGGAAGAGGACAAGCUACAUGUCCCUUUCAAGAGGUUUGACACAUCUCAGGUCAGUGUUUUUGGAGUCCCAUUACCUUUCAACAUUGUAUAGCUACCAUAGGCAGUUGCCUUCUAGACUAGGUGAUGGUCGUUCACAGUUCUAGAAAUGCACCGUCCAUACUUGCUGAUCCAAAACAACAUCAAUGACACCUGCAACCCAAAGACAAAUGUGCUGCUGGGAACAAUAGGACAGAAUUUUUGAAAUCACAGUGGUCGGAGGCACACUGUCACUGUGUCUCUGAGCUGCAUGCAUUCCCCCAAUGACCUGGGUAGUUGAAUUGAAGCUUUAGCUCCAAAGACAAAAGGUAUUGGUCACUCAUUCCAAGAGGUCCAUCGUGGUUCAGAUCUCCAGAUCCUGGCACCAGGGACCAAACCCUGAAGAGGUGGGUAUGGAUGCUCUGCAGUGGGGGAAGGCUGACUGCAGGUGAGGAAGAUGCGGAAGA